CCGCCCACUAGCGGGCGCCGCGUGCCCUCUCAACGCGCCUGCGUGCAGCUUCGAGCCACGAGCUAACGGCCCGUCGGCUCGGAGUUUUGACACAUUCCCUCCGCCCUCGCCCCCACGGCGCCUGCGCAGGAUCUCAACCGCCCGUAGCGCGAAGAGGGGUGUCUCUACCGCGCCUCCGCCGACUCUUUUCUUCUGGAGCCCGCUCGCCUCCGCCGCCAAGAUGCCGCGGAUUAUGAUCAAAGGGGGCGUGUGGCGAAACACCGAGGAUGAAAUUCUUAAAGCAGCUGUGAUGAAAUAUGGCAAAAACCAAUGGUCUCGUAUUGCUUCCUUGUUACACAGAAAAUCAGCAAAACAAUGCAAAGCCAGAUGGUACGAGUGGCUGGAUCCAAGUAUCAAAAAGACAGAAUGGUCACGGGAAGAAGAGGAGAAACUUUUACACUUGGCCAAGCUAAUGCCAACCCAGUGGAGGACCAUUGCUCCAAUCAUUGGAAGAACAGCUGCACAGUGCUUGGAACAUUAUGAAUUUCUGUUAGAUAAAGCUGCUCAGAGAGACAAUGAGGAAGAAACUGCAGAUGAUCCCAGAAAACUGAAACCAGGAGAAAUUGAUCCAAAUCCAGAAACCAAACCAGCCCGGCCAGAUCCCAUUGACAUGGAUGAAGAUGAACUUGAAAUGCUGUCUGAAGCUAGAGCGCGUUUGGCUAAUACUCAGGGGAAGAAGGCCAAGAGAAAAGCAAGAGAGAAGCAGCUGGAAGAAGCUAGACGUCUUGCUGCUCUCCAGAAGAGAAGGGAACUUAGAGCUGCAGGGAUAGAGAUCCAGAAGAAAAGGAAAAAGAAGAGAGGAGUGGAUUACAAUGCAGAAAUCCCAUUUGAAAAGAAGCCUGCUCCAGGCUUUUACGAUACAUUGGAGGAAAACUAUCAGGCGCUGGAUGCGGACUUCAGGAAGCUACGUCAGCAAGACCUGGAUGGAGAAUUAAGAUCAGAGAAGGAAGGAAGGGAGCGUAAAAAAGACAAGCAGCAUAUGAAACGGAAGAAAGAAUCCGACUUGCCUUCAGCUAUUCUUCAGACCAGUGGAGUGUCAGAGUUUACUAAAAAAAGAAGCAAACUAGUGCUUCCAGCACCCCAGAUUUCAGAUACAGAACUCGAGGAAGUAGUGAAAGUAGGCCAGGCCAGCGAGAUCGCACGUCAGACAGCUGAAGAAUCUGGAAUUACUAACUCUGCCUCCAGCACCCUUUUGUCUGAAUACAAUGUCACCAACAACAGCAUCGCCCUUAGAACACCCAAAACGCCAGCAGCACAGGACAGGAUCCUGCAGGAAGCCCAGAACUUGAUGGCUCUGACGAAUGUUGACACCCCCCUGAAAGGUGGUCUUAAUACCCCCCUCCAUGAGAGUGACUUUUCUGGAGUGACUCCCCAGAGACAAGUUGUUCAGACUCCAAAUACAGUGCUUUCUACACCCUUCAGGACACCAUCUCACGGAGCAGAAAGUUUGACCCCUCGUGGUGGAAUAACUCCUAAACCAGUGGUUGGAGCAACUCCAGGUAGGACUCCAUUGAGAGAUAAAUUGAACAUCAAUCCAGAAGAGGGAAUGACAGAUUUCAAUGAUCCAUCUCAUGCAAAACAACUGGAAAGAGAGACUCGUGAGCAUCUGCGUCUAGGGCUUAUGGGCCUUCCUGCCCCAAAGAAUGACUUUGAGAUUGUUUUACCGGAAAAUGCAGAGAAGGAACUUGAGGAACAUGAAACGGAUGAUACCUAUAUAGAAGAUGCUGCUGAUGUGGAUGCUCGUAAACAGGCGAUUAGAGAGGCAGAGCGUGUAAAGGAGCUAAAGCGGAUGCACAAAGCUGUUCAGAAGGAUCUGCCAAGGCCCGCAGAAGUGAACGAAACGAUUCUGAGACCUUUGAACGUAGAGCCUCCUCUCACAGACUUGCAGAAAAGUGAAGAGUUGAUAAAGAAAGAGAUGAUCACCAUGCUUCAUUUUGAUCUGCUGCAUCACCCAUAUGGAGAGCAGCCAGGGGCCAAAAAGGGGAAAGGCCCAGGAUUUGGAACCAACAGUGCAGAGCAUAUGACAUACCUUGAACAAAAUCAGUAUGAGAAGUACUCCAAAGAGGAACUCAAGAAGGCCCAGGAUAUAUUGGCACAAGAGAUGGAAGUGGUAAAGCAAGGAAUGGGACAUGGAGAGCUCUCAAGUGAGGCUUAUAACCAGGUGUGGGAAGAAUGCUAUAGCCAGGUUUUGUACCUACCAGGACAGAACCGCUACACACGAGCUAACUUGGCCAGCAAAAAAGACAGAAUAGAAUCACUUGAAAAAAGGCUUGAGAUAAACAGAGGACACAUGACCACAGAAGCUAAGAGGGCUGCCAAGAUGGAAAAGAAGAUGAAGAUUUUGCUUGGUGGUUACCAGUCUCGGGCAAUGGGGCUCAUCAAACAGUUAAGUGAUUUGUGGGACCAGAUUGAACAAGCUUAUCUCGAGUUACGUACUUUUGAGGAGUUAAAGAAACACGAAGAUGCUGCCAUUCCCAGGAGACUAGAGUGUCUAAAAGAAGACGUGCAGCGGCAGCAAGAGCGAGAGAAGGAGCUCCAGCAGAGAUUCGCAGACUUUAUGCUGGAUAAGGAGACUUUUCAAUCAAAAUAUUGAAGCACAAAAUUACUUGGUUGUUCGAUAUAGCAUAUUUCAAAUGCACGGAUACUUCUCCCGCAUCUUGCCAUCCAUGUCUCAGAAAUCAAGUGUAGGUAAAUUUGCAACUCUUCGCAACUCCUGUUUUUUAUAAAUGGACUGUCAUUGUACUAAAAGUUCUAGGUGUGAACUUCAUUCAGUAUUAGAGAUUUGGAUUUAAAUGUCCAGGGCUUUGAUAUUAAAAGAAGAAAUCACACUGGGAUUUUUUUUAGACAUGUUGUUGUUUGCUAGGUUUAUUGCUGAUUCACGCACCUAGUGACUUACCAUUCUUAAGAUCUUCCCAAUGAGAUCUGCAGUAUAUGUGCUUGUGAAUAAUGUCUCUUGAAUAAACCUGUAAUGUAAAGAAAUAUAUAAAAAGAAAUGUUUGUCUCUGACUUGGAAUGGAAUCUUAAAAAGAAGUAAAGAAAGAAAUGUCUGUUUCAUGCUAAUGGGAAAACCUUUCUUUUAAUUAGUUGUGAAAUAAUUAAGGCUUAUGCUCUUACCAAUAACACAUGUGCCCUAUAACUAAACUACAUAAACAUAGGAAGGGAGGACUUCCCUGGGUUAUCCAGUCCAAUCUACUGCUAUUAUAGGCAAGCCACAUAAAACUAAAGAAUCCCAGUAUUUUUAAUGUCUGGAUAGCCAGUGUGAUGAUACUGCUACACAAAAGGAUUGAAGAAAUAAGGUUAGCUUUACCUUUCCCACUGAGGAGUAGGAUGUUUUUUUCAAAAACACUCUGCAUUGGUCUGGCUGCUCCCAUCAACAUUAAUGGGAAUUUUACCUCUGAUUUCAGAGUUAGGACAGUUUUGAUAACUUUUGAAAAUUCCACUGUAAUAGUAUCGCUCCUCUUGGAUUAGCUGACAACUGAUUUAUUGAAUGAAACCCUAGCCUACUUUUUGGCUCUGUAAACUGGGUCACAAGGCUGAAGCAGCCUAAAGAGGUUAUGAAGGCACUUGAUCUAGUUAGGGAAGAACCUGAGGAAAGCAGCCAGAGGCUGCCUUGUCAGGAUCCCUAACACGCACUAGUAUAGAUGGCAUGUUGAGGGCAGGAGAGUAUAACUGGGCUAUGAUCACAGAACUGUAGAGAUCCUGGGCAGUACUACUGACUAUAGGCAGCCAGGCUCAGGGCUAACACUGAAAGUUGCUUCAACCACCCCCCUUCCCUCCCCCAAGUAGCCCAGAACUAUGAGA